AUGGCCCUUCCAGCACAGCCGCCAUUCAAGCGGUUGCGCACAGACGGCUACGCCAACUACAGCAUCGCGUUCUCGCCCUUCUACCCGAACAAGCUCGCGCUCGCCGGCGCCGCCAACUUUGGCCUCGUCGGCAACGGCCGCCUCUCGGUCGUCACCCAGGACGCACCACCACCUCAAGGCCUCGCUCUCGAGAAAGCGUUCGACACGCAGGACGGCCUGUACGACCUCGCCUGGUCCGAGUGCCACGAGAACCAGAUCGCGACGGGCAGUGGAGAUGGCAGCGUCAAGCUGUGGGACGUCAUGGUCAACGACUUUCCCGUGCGGAAGUGGCACGAGCACCAGCGCGAGGUCUUCUCGGUCGACUGGAGCAACGUCCAGAAGGAGCUCUUCUGCACGAGCAGCUGGGACGGCACCAUCAAGAUCUGGACGCCCGAUCGUCAGUCGUCGUUGCAGACCAUCCCGGCCCACGGCGCCUGCGUCUACGCCGCCCUCUUCUCGCCCUCUCAGCCCUCGCUCAUCGCGUCGUGUUCGUCCGACGGCACGCUCAAGCUGUGGGACACGCGCACGCCCCUCGCGCCGUCGACGCCGGCCGCCCCGGGCCAGCCGGCGCUCGCGACGCCGCAACUCGCGCUCCCCGUUCACCCGGGCAGCGAGGUGCUCGACCUCGACUUCAACAAGUAUGCGCCCCACCUCGUCGCAACGUCGAGCGUCGACCGCAGCGUCAAGGUGUCGGACCUGCGCGCCGCCGCGACGCCGUCGCCCGGCUCGGGCCCUGGCGCCGGCGCGCCGUUCCUCCAGCCCAACGCGACGGUCGCGACGCUGCUCGGACACGAGUACGCCGUGCGGCGCGUCGCGUGGAGCCCGCACUCGAGCGCGCUCGUCGCGACGGCGAGCUACGACAUGACGGCGCGCGUGUGGAGCGUGCCGGCCGCCGCCGCAGGAGGAGGAGGAGUAGGGCCGGGUGCGGGUGCGGGUGCGUCGACGUUCAGUGCGCAGGGCGGGAUGGGCGCGAGGAUCGAGAGGGUGUGGGACCGGCACACCGAGUUUGUCGUCGGCGCGGCGUGGAGCCUGUGGGAAGAGGGCGUCGUCGCGAGCUGUAGCUGGGACCAGGAGGUGCACCUCUGGCGAUGAGAUCUAUCUCGCUCUCAGGUA